CAUACAGCAAGAAUACUAUUUUCAGUAGACACAUUAUUGCUCCACAAAAUGGCUAGUAGGAAGCUAUUCCUUAAGGAGGUUGAAAAUAUGAUGGAUGCUUGUAAAGAUAUUCCACAGGAUGAUAUGCUCUUUACAUACAAUGGAACCUUAUACCCCAAAACAAUAUGCCAUCCAGAAACAUUUAAGGCUAUGGAAUCAUUUCAGUUAAGAGAGGAUGAUUUACUGAUUGUUUCUUAUCCUAAAUGUGGAUCCAACUGGACUUAUCAAAUAUUACAGGACAUAUUAUAUGCUGUGCACAAAAAAGAAGAAUCAAUCAUUGGAAUACCAAUGUUGGAAUUUGGACUUCCUGAUAAAUAUGAGAAAUACAACCAAGAACCUUCACCAAGAGUCUUUACCACACAUUUUCAGUAUGGUAACAUGCCAAAAUCUGUGUUUACAAGAAAUGUAAAGAUGCUAGUGGUUUUUCGGAAUCCAAAAGACACAGCAGUAUCCUUCUACCAUUUUUACAACAACAACCCAGGUCUUCCCAACUACAGUUCAUGGGAUACAUUCUUCCAGGAUUUCACAAGCGGAAAUGUUUGCUUUGGAUCAUAUUUUGAUUAUGCUCUUACGUGGAACAAACACAUUGAUGAUGAAAAUGUGUUGAUAAUGACUUUUGAAGAGAUGAAAGAGGAUUUAUACAAAGCAGUGAAGAAGAUAUGCAUAUUCUUUGGAUAUUCGCUGACUGAGGAGCAAGUCCAAUAUAUUUCAGACAAAGGCACAUUCAAGUCUAUGAAGGAGAAAUCAGGUGAAACUCAUGGUUAUUUUGGGAAAGUUCUUUUUAGAAAAGGUGAUGUUGGAGACUGGAAAAAUCAUUUUUCUGAAGCUCAAAGCAAAGAAAUGGAUGCCAAAUUUGAAGAAUAUUUAGCAGGAACAAAGCUUGGAAAUAAAAUGAAAUACAACAUAUAUUGCUAGGCAUAAAGUGCAACAAUAGAUAAACACCAAAAAAAGAAAAAAUGCCCUGUAAAUGUUCUUUGACUCAAUAUUCGUAUUUCACCCUAUUUCAGCAUUGGUCUUUCUUUCACUUUUACAAAAUAAAGCACAUAACCUCUA